AAAUAGAUCAAAACACAAUAAAAGUUAGAUAUAUAAAUUUUUACGUAUGUAUGUUUAGAAAUUUCUCAGACAUGCCUGAGAAUAUUUCAUCAAUAAAUAAACUUCUAUUUUGUAACAUCCAACAUGUGACAAAAAUAUCUGUCAUUUGUUUAUUAAAAUUUAUCAUUUUAUUGUCAGCUUCAAAUUACUCUCUGGACUGGACGCAACUGAAGAAGUUCCUCAGAGCGACUUCUUCAGGGAUCGUGCUUGACAUGGAUGUAGAGGACCACUGGUACAUCGUCGUCCCUGCGGACACGAAGCCAUCUGCCGAAGAAUCUCCUAUAUCCGGGACCUGGAGGGGGUUGGGAACCGGCGGUGGUACUGGAGAUGUAGAGGAGAUAAACACCUGCGAAGAAACCGAUAGUCAAAGCGAGUCUCUUGUACGAACUGUUCCAAAACGGCAUUCCUUUCGUCAGCUCUUUUCUUCCAUUAUCUUCCUUCAGAUAAUAACCUAAUUCAUACACUACAAUCUGUCACAGAUAAAAUAUUUUUUUUUAUUUAUCAGUAAACUAUAUUAAAACUUUUAUUAUUUUAUUUUAUUUUUGAUUUUUAUUAAAAACUAAAAGUAUUGCUAUAACAUUCAAUAAAAUGUUCAAAAAGUUAACAGCUGGAACAACACUAGUAUGUAAACUAAGUUUACAUGGUUCAUGUUAAAAUCUACUUUUAUAAAAUUAUCUACAAGAUUGUUUCAUUAAUAAAUAGUUCAGAAAUUUAAAUAGAAUUUAAGAUCAAUUGAUCCAGAGAAAUAAUAAGUUAAUGAAAUG